GAAAGCUGCUGUCAUUGACAUCAAAAGUUGUGUUUAAAAGAAAAAGACAGAAUGGGUUAGGUUUUAGCUACCCUUUUCUAGUGUCUAUACUUGGAUUUUCUUCUAGUCUUUUUUUAAGGUGAUGGAAAGCAAGAAAAAUCAUCAGUAACACAAAGCUGGAAUACAAUAAGGUUUUUAGUCUGGAUCCUCAGAGGAAAAACAAGAAGAAGAAUCUACAUCAUCAUUAUCAAAAUGUAGAAGAAAAUGAGGAGGAGGAAGAAGAAAAAGAAAAAAAUCAAGAACAAGUUUUUCAUUUUCAACAACCCCAUGAGCUAUUUUCUCACCUUGUUAUGUAUCAAGAUUUAGACAAUACCCCACAACAAGCUCAAUCCAAGAAACGUUCGUAUUUUCCUCCUCCUCCUCCUCCUCCUUGCCAAAAGCAAAAAGUUGGAACAUCAUCAAGAUUUGGUGGUGGAGAGAUUGUUGAAGUACAAGGUGGUCAUAUCAUAAGGUCAAUUGGUCGAAAAGACAGACAUAGCAAGGUUUGUACAGCUAAAGGUCCAAGGGACCGGCGAGUACGCCUUGCUGCUCAUACAGCAAUUCAAUUCUAUGAUGUACAAGAUCGACUUGGCUAUGACCGUCCAAGUAAAGCUGUUGAUUGGCUUAUUAAAAAGGCUAAAGCUUCUAUAGAUGAGCUAGCUCAAUUGCCCCCUUGGAAACCAACUACUGGUGUUACAAAUUUUGAUCAAGAAAAGGAUGUUGAAAUACACGGUGAAGAUAAAGAUAAUAAUGAUAAUGAUUUGGGGUCAUCCAGUAAAAGGUUGCGCAAUGAAGUUUUGAACCAGAACAAUAGUGCAAGCUCAAGUGGUGAAAAUGCAAAUGCAAGCUUUUUGCCUCUAUCUUUAGAUUCUGAUGCCAUUUCUGAUACUAUUAAGUCAUUUUUCCCUAUGGGUGGUGGUUCAACUGAAAGUAAUUCUUCAGCUAUGCAGUUCCAGAGUUUUCAAGAACAUAAUAAUUUGAUGUCAAGAACUAGUAGCCAGAGCCAAGAUUUGAAGCUCUCUUUACAAUCUUUUCAAGAUCCUUAUAACCACCACAUAGAACCAUCACAAACUCAGUUUCAACCAUCAAACUUCUUUACUGGAAGCACCCCGUUUAUCGGAUUUGAUGCUUCAGGUUGGCCUGAGCAUCAGCAGCAGCAGCCAGUGGAACUUGGUCGAUUGGCUGCUGAUCGUGCCAGUGGAGACACUGGCAUAGCUUUUGGUGGCGGGACAAUUGGUGGAGCAGGUGGUUACUUGUUUAACUCUCAGCCUGCCCCGCCACUGCUACAACAAUUGUUCAGCCAAAAUCAGUUUUUGUCUCAGAGGGGACCCCUUCAGUCCAGUUACUCACCUUCGAUUCGUGCAUGGAUAGAUCCAUCAGCGAUAGCUAUUGCCACAGCCGAUCCAAAUCACCACCAACACCAACACCAUCAAGCUGUGCUGCCUAUGUAUUCAGCAUCAAUUUCUGGUAUUGGAUUUGCCUCAGAAGUAGGCGGAUUCUCUGGCUUUCGCGUUCCUACACGAAUCCAAGGUGAAAUAGAGGAACAUGAUGGUAUUUCCGACAAGCCAUCCUCUGCUUCCUCUGAUUCUCGCCAUUGAAUUAACUCGACAAAAUACUCUCCCUUGAUUGCCUUGACAGGAACAAGUAUUAUACUUCAAGAUGGAAAUGGGAAAGGAAAGGGCGAUAGUUCAUUUAUCGAGUUUGAUUCAUUGGCAAUGCACCGUGGAAGAAGAAUCCUGAGCAUAGUUUCAGGUUUUUUUAAGAUUAAAUCGCGGUGUAAUAUUCAUGUAUAAGUGUGUUUUUCUACCUCAACUGCUAAUUUAGGAUUGUUGUAUUUCUGUUGCCAAGACUUGUCAAGUUGCUGUUGUUUUUGCUUAUUAUCUUCAGUUCAUUAGAGAUUUUCAAGCUAAA